UUCGCACUCAUGGGUAUUUAGAGUUGGAUUUAGGGCUAAGUUUAUCACAUCAAACAGUUUAAUGGACGAAAACCCACCCCAAAACAACUCAACUGCCCCUACUGCAGAGGAAACCAAGAAUAAUGAUCAAAAUGCUACUGGAGCUACUGGGAAUGGAGAUGCAGGUGAUGCUCAUAUCAACAUUAAAGUAAAGAAUCAGGAUGGAGCAGAGAUUUUCUUUAAAAUCAAGAAGAGCACAAAUCUCAAAAAGUUGAUGGAUGCCUACUGUUCAAGACAAGGACUAAUGGCCAACACAUGAAGAUUCAUUUUUGAUGGAGAAAGAUUGAGAGAGACGGACACACCAAAUUCUGUAGAAAUGGAGAAUGGAGAUGAAAUUGAUGUUAUGGUGGAACAAACAGGAGGAUUCUUUAUCCAAGUUUAACCCAAUCAUCCCCAAUUACUAGGAAUUGAUAUUCUUAAUUUUU